UGACGGGUUUGAGCAAAACACUAUUUUGAAAGAUUAAGUAGAGUUUCAUUUCUAUUUAUUCUUGGAAACUUUGAUAAGAUAACGCUGCAACUGUAACGUGUAAUGCUGUGAAAGUAGAGGUCAUAGGCAGCUUUUGGAGUCAGUGGUUUGAAGACAGACAGAAGCAAAGAAGUGAGUUGCCAGGUGAGAUCAGAAAAGAUGGACAAGAAAAGAGUCAUAGAGAGAAGAGAUGAAGACGUGACAGAAGGACAAGAUGAAGAAGAGGAAGAGGAAAAGAAUGCGAAGGAGGACGGUGAAGACAACGCAGCCUCUAAAAGACAGACAAAAGCAGAGGGUGAUGACUCAAAGCAGCUGACACUGGAAUCAGCUGCAGACCCACCUGGACCUGAUGGACCCGAUGCUCCUAAUGGACCUGAUGGACCCGAUGCUCCUAAUGGACCUGAUGGUCCUAAUAGAAGAUGGACACUUGCUGCCAUCGCAGCAGGAGCAACAGGUGCAGUAGGUGCAGUGGUCCUGGCUCCAGUUGCUCUGGGAGCCAUAGGUUUCACCUCAGCUGGAAUAGCAGCAGGCUCCUACGCUGCAGGCAUGAUGUCGUCUGCUGCGAUUGCUAAUGGAGGAGGGGUGGCAGCAGGAAGUCUAGUGGCUGUUCUGCAGUCAGCAGGCAUGGCUGGUCUGUCAACAGCCGCCACUACGGCUGUGGCUGGUGCUGGGGGAACAGUGGGAGCACUGGUGGCUGCACUCGUCUGAGGUCCAGCUGCAUGUCAUGAAAAACAGAAGAAAAAAUACAGUCACUUUAAACGUGGAACAAUGAAGAUAUAGGAAUAAUGAAGCUGAAUCUAUGUGCAAUCAAAUCUGGGGCUAUUGAGAAAGAAAGUGUUUGUGGAGAACAUGAUUAAACCAACCAUUAGUUCCACUUUAAAAAAGCUUGAAAUAAAUGCUUUUUAAAAGUAUCAUUCAGUCGUUUUUUUGUGUUUUUAUAAAAUUGUUUAUACAAAAACUAUAAUAAAGGUGGUUAAUAAAAACUA